AUGGGCACUUGGAAAAUAAUUAUAUGCUCUUUCCUCUACUCGUUGCCUUUGGGCAGUUUCUUUCUUGCAGGAAUAGAAUUAGAUGAUGAUGAACUUGCACGGUUUGUGGAACACGUGGACAAGGAUAAUAAUGGAAUUAUCACUUUUGAGGAAUGGAGAGAUUUUCUUCUACUCUAUCCACAUGAGGCCACCAUUGAGAAUAUUUACCAAUACUUGGAGAGGGUAUGUCUUGUAGAUAUUGGGGAGCAGACAGUCAUUCCGGAAGGCAUCAGUAAGCAUGUUCAUGCAUCCAAAUACCUGAUUGCAGGGGGAGUUGCAGGAGCUGCUUCUCGUACUGCCACAGCACCUCUUGAUCGCCUUAAGGUCAUUUUACAAGUGCAAACAACUCAUGCUUCAAUUGGUCCUGCAGUCAAAAGCAUAUGGAAGGAAGGUGGUCUAUUGGGGUUUUUCCGUGGCAAUGGGUUAAAUGUGUUGAAGGUUGCACCAGAAAGUGCAAUUAAGUUUUACGCAUAUGAAACCUUGAAAAAUGCUAUUGGUCGUGCCAGGGGUGUUGAAGACCAGAGAGACAUAGGAACUUCUGGGCGUCUUAUGGCUGGUGGAAUGGCAGGUGCAAUAGCACAAACUGCUAUCUAUCCCAUGGAUCUUGUUAAAACUCGGUUACAGACUCAUUCAUGUGAGAGUGGAAGUGUUCCUAGUCUGCGAAAACUAUCGAAAGAUAUUUUUAUACAAGAGGGACCUCGGGCAUUUUAUAGAGGAUUGGUACCAUCUCUACUUGGAAUCAUCCCUUAUGCAGGCAUUGAUUUAGCUGCAUAUGAAACUUUAAAGGAUUUGUCAAAGGUUUACAUUCUUCAUGAUAGUGAAGCCGGCCCUCUUGUGCAACUGGGGUGUGGGACAAUUUCAGGAGCCCUGGGAGCGACAUGUGUUUAUCCUUUACAGGUUAUUCGGACCAGAAUGCAAGCUGAUUCUGCAUACAAAGGUAUGGCUGAUGUGUUCCGAAAAACAGUUCAGCGUGAAGGCUUCAGGGGAUUCUACAAAGGACUUUUUCCAAAUCUUUUAAAAGUUGUGCCAGCAGCAAGCAUAACCUAUCUUGUAUACGAAUCAAUGAAAAAGAGUCUAGAUCUUGAUUAGCUGACAUAGAGUCAGCAACAGAUCUAAGGUUCAAACUGCUGAUGCUGAGGCUGAUGAAGAAGAUGAUGAUGAUAAUGUGACAUUAAAUAAGAUAAAUUUAGCUCAUUGGUGAUAUGAUUAUCAAAAUCAUACACCUGAUUUUUGACUCCCCAUUCGAUAUCGGCGGGGGUUAUAGUUAUAGAGUUUUCUCUUGUAGAUUCAACUGACAAAUGACUACGUUGGCAACUGAGAAUAGUCCUCUUUUACAAUGUAUGUCUGAGUUAUAGGAAUAUCCAUUCUACACUUUUUGCCAAGUAAAUGUUAAAUGAAUACAGUGAGGUGCAGACCUUUAAGGUUUUUGCUAUAUAGAUUAUAUGCAAGUAAGAUUCAACUCUUUA